AUGAGCAGUCUACCCCAGCCCAAACGUCGUCGCCUUGACGUACCGUCCACGCUUUCCAAACCGUUUAAGCCUCCGCUCCACAACCCCAUUGCCAUCGACUCAUCACCCAAACGCGCUCCCCAAACUCCAGAGAGUCCAAAACAGAUCCUGGAUCCUUUUUGUCCUCACCGUACACCUCCCCUGUCAACCAUCUACGCCGACCUAUUCCUCGGCACUCUAGUCUCUCCAACACCAACACAAUCUCCCCUUGGAGAUCCAGAGGUAUUGGCAUUGCAGCGACAACAAAGUGUGCUACGAGGACGACUGGCUUUACUGCGUUCGGAACUUGAUACCGCAAACCAAGCCCACCGCAUUGAAUCAUCGACCCAAGACUCCGAACUGGCAGCUUUGGUCAUCAAAUGGCGACUUGUUAGCCAAAGAGCAGCCGAUGAAGUAUUCGAAGGAGCCCAGGAACGAGUGAAGCGUAUGGGUGGGAUGGCAGCUUGGAGAGAGCAAAGCAAGCGAGACACAUCUCGAUGGGAUUUCGAGAAUGAGAAUCAUGAGCACGAACACGAGGAUGAAGAUGAAGGGCAACCAAUUUACGCGGAGGAUACCGUUGAGACUCCAGACAUCGAUGGAGAAGAGGAGGAGUUUACAAUGAAGUACAUGCUGAAAAUGCUCAACAUCGACCCCAAGAUGAUCGGCUUCGAUGCGGUGGCCGGCAGGUGGAUCCGGCAGUCGGGGGAUAGCGUUACGAUCCCGGUUGCCUAUCUCAAGGAGCUCGAGAGGCGAGUGGCCGAACUAGAAGAUAUAUCUCGCAGUGCGGGCUCACAUAUUGAACUGCGCGAUGCAGGCGUCCAGACCGACUCUGAAGAGGGGUUGAUUGGAGAGGAAUACACUACUCAUACCCUUGAGGACAGAGCCCUGAUCUCAUCUUCAACACCCCAAUUAAUAUCCCGACAAUCCCCCUUUUCCCCGAUCAAUUUCGCAAAUAUUUUCAGUCAAUUCAAUGAAGAGAACCUGGACUUUUUGAGCCUCGACAAAGGACCAACAUAUCCAAUCCUCGGAGAUGAUACACCAUGGCUGACAGAACUCUACACGAAUGUCUAUUUCUCGGUGGCCCAUCGCGAAUGGCCCUUCCUCAACGAAUCCACAUGGAAAAAUUGGUAUAGGGAGGAUGGGCUGCAGGACCAAGAAGAGUGGAAGUGUUUCUUCUUGAGGAUGGUAUAUGCCAUUGGCGCAUCCCUCUGCAGCACCAUACACAGGGACCCUGCACAUCUGAGCCGGGCAAAGGAGCUAUACGCAUCUGCGAUGAAUUAUUACCCUCAUGUUGUGGGUAAUACGUCGAUGAUUCUACAGGUUCAGGCCUCUUUGCUCCUUAUUAUCUAUGCCUUUCACUGUCCUUCUUCCGAGGAGAUUGCCACAAGUGUUUCCUCCAUUAUGCCAUUCUGCAUUACUGCAAUGACAGAAAUGCGAAAGUACCUACGGGUUAAUCAGGGAGACAAGGCGCUCAGUGCCUCGGGGGAAACCUCAGUCGAGAAUAUGUUCAUCACUUGUUAUAUGUUAAAUGAAAUCGUGGCCUCUGGCUGGGAUCGACCCGUUUGUCUAGGCUUGGGGACUCGGUUCAGCCCCCCCGUCCAAACACAUCCAGCUAUAAGUCAUUUGUUCCGGCUACGAAAAAUCCAAACAAAUAUUAGACGAUCUCUGGAAAGCUCUCGCUGGCAAUUCUCCGAGGAUAAAAGCGCCUUCAGCUCUUCACUCAAAACAGCUCUAGAUCUUUGGCGGCAGGAUAUUCCGCGCUACGGCACCGACGAAGUCUCCUGCGGCUACAAUCACCCCAGCUGGAUGACAAAACUAUACGACUAUAGCAUCUUGAUAUUGAUGGAAGAGAAGAGCAGCUUCCUUGAUCAAGAUGGAACGGAAGACAUAUUCUCGGCGGUUGUCGAAGUCUGUAUCAAAUUUCGUCACUUCCAGGAGGAAGGACAGGUGAUGUGUUUUACUUGGUCUGCACUUGUUUUUCAAUUCCGGGCUGGUAUUAUGCUUCUUUAUUUAAUUUGGGCAACGAGGCCUAUAGUGGACAGUCCUAGCUUCCAACAAGGACCCCGGAGUUAUGACUCGCCUGAAGCCAUCGAAGCAUGCACUAAAAAUUUGAGAUGUUUUGGAGAUCGCUGGGAUGACGCUGUGCCAUACUCCAAGGUAUUUGAAUUCCUUCACCAGAAGGUUCUUUGGCACACUGGUGGGAAUAGCACGGGAAAUAAAACCAUCGCCUUGGAAGAAGCUGAAUCAUAUCUGCAACAGCUGAAGGAUAAGUACCUUCACCGAGCGAUACUUGGGAUGAUCGAAGAUAUAAUGUAUGGAGGAUUUGUGCGAUAUGAGGAGAUUUCAGAUGAAUAUAUGACUGAACUAGCUUGUGAAGUAUAA